UUUUUCUUUUUCUAAUUUUCCAAGCGUCUCUCUCUCCCCUCUCCUUUCACAACUCCAAAAGAAGAACGAUGUGGUUGGAGAUCAUCUGUGGUCUCGUAAUCUACAAAAUCGUCCGUCGUUUCUUCUACGACGAAGAGUUUUCCGACGUCGAAACAUCUGAUUCCACUGCUCUCUUCUCCGUUGCUCACAGACUUGAGAAGCUUUAUGGUGGAAAAGCUUAUGUAGGGCUUCGAAUUCCAGAUGCAGACACUGCUUCUAGACAGGACAUCGAUGUUGUUGUCGUUACUAAAGAAGAAGUUGUGGUGGUCAAUGUCAAGAAUCUAUCGGGGAUUGUCACCGUAACGAGUGAUGGAAGCUGGAUUUGUGAAGGUGGCAAGCAUCAUAGAACUGAGACUCAGCCUGAUCCACUGGGUGAGGUCAAGAAACACUCUUUAGUUCUUGAAUCAUAUCUUGAACAGAGGGGUGUUACUUUAAUAGAAAGAAAAUUGUCUUGCAGAGUUGUAAUUCCCAAUCCAAAUUUUCGCACCAUGCAUACAUUCCCGUGUGGGGUAAUCACGUAUGAAGAGUGGCAGCAUCUGAAACCAGUAUCAAAAAAUAAACUUUCUGGUUGGGUUAAAGGCGCGUUCUGCACAGGAAAAGAGAUGCAGGAAUCUUCGCAUCAAAAACUUGAUUUCAUCCUUGGCACGGCACCAAUGUGGGAUAGGCUGGAGCUUAAAAGUAGCAAGAUUGUGUUAGGGGAAUUCCUCGAGUUUAAAGGGAAGCAGGAAGACACUCUGGCUUUGAGACAUAUCAAAAGAUCAAAAGUCGACCGUAUCUCUAUUCAGAAAACAAGCAUGUUUGGAUUAGCUCCCUCGAGGUUGCAGGUUCUGUAUUCGUAUCGAGACUACAGAAGUGAAGGAAGUUCAGGAUUAGAGUCAAAGGAAGUGACAGUAAGGUCGAGCACUGAGGUCGUCUUUCAGCCACGAGACUCUGCAAAGGUGAAGAAAUUCAAGCUAUCGUCCCUCGUCUCCAUUUCACUAAGUGCCUAAGUGCCAAAGUGUUCAAAAGAUAUCAGAGAAAGGUUGUUAAUGUCUACUACAUGAAUUACAAAGACCAUGACUUAUCAAUCACAGAUAAAUCAACCUUUUUAUGAAAUUUAUUUUACAUGUUUACUGUUUAUACUUUACACCACUCUUUUAUAUCAGUCUUUUUUAGUA